AUGACAUUUCAAUAUGUUUUAAGAAAUGGAAUAAUAGUACUAUUUAUUAUUCCAUUAGUUGAAUUGUCAUAUGGUCAAAUUGGUAUUCCUUUGCCACCUGAUGAACGUGAGUAUUCGAAUUUACCAAUAUUUUUAUUACAAACAAAAACAAUCACAGUCGCUUCAGCAAUAUGGUUAAUCAAACAAUACAAACUUCCGAUUCCUCAAGAUCAAACCCUUUGUAGCUAUAAAGAUCCUCAAGAUUUUCAACCCUUUUUUAGUCCAAAUGGAUAUAUUUCUGGCAUAUUCUUAUUGUUAACUAGAUGCUAA